ACCUGCCUUACCACAAAGAUUCCAUUCACAGGCGACAAGAGCUACCGUUAUAUGUGUGUGGGGAAAAUCUCGAUUUACGGUGGUGUCUAUACCGGUGGUUACCUGCAGAUAUCGUUUUCUUAUGUAGAAGAUAACAUAUCCUUAUCCAUUAACCUCGGCGGUAGCACAGACAGGUGGGGAUUUAACAUCUGACUGACAGAUGUGUGAACAUAAUAUUGGGGCGGUUGAGCGUGGACAACAUGACACCACAGUCGGGCCUGAUCGUCCCGACCCCCGGGAGUUUUAAAGAUGAGGAAGACAAUUGCUAUUUCGAUUAGAGUGGUCCGCCAUGACAGUUGUAAAGAUGGUGCCCUAUAUGUGUGUUUCUGUUGAGUUGGAUUAAUGUUGAGGUGAUAAUCUACGAAGAGUACCGUUUUAUAUAGCUGUGACGUCACUACUGGUUUAGAUGUAUCUGAACCAUCAGCAGCCGUCGUCCACUAUGUUGAAGUACACGAUCGCCAGUGAUGAGGGUUCCUUUUCCCCCUCACACCGGCCAGACAACCCAGAUACCUAUAACAUUAAAGACUCAUUGGAGACAAGUGCCAACCCAAGAACACGUGCUAAAAUGGUUAUGAAAAAGCGUGCCAAAAAUGUUCAAAAGCGCGCGAGUGAGUAUGCCAUGCUUCCUCCAAUCAACGGAUCGCAUAAUUACCGGAAAGAAAUAGCGACGCCUUAUAUCAACAACGCCACGUCGACACACGAAGCUCUCGAGACGCCGUAUACAAACGCGCUUGGGAUUUCCCGCCUCCAUGACGUAUCAACGCCAUACAUUAUGAACACACACAUUUCCAAAAUGGACGGCAUGUCUCCUCUACCUGGCCGGGAAUAUACUCUGGCCGGAAAGGAAAAUUUUACAAAGAUGGGGGGUCUCGCUCACGGGGGCACCAAUAUUGUGGAAGUCUCGCACAUGCGACAGGGCUCGUUUGCGCACGAGACUAUCACGAAACUCCAGUCCUCUUCCCCAUACAUAGAAAGGAAGUCAAGAUUUGAUAGGAAACCUAAUAAAUAUAUAUCGGAAAAGUCCGACUUGGACCGAAAUAAUUCAAAAUUACAUAUACAAAGCAAUCAGAUUGGAUUAAUAGACCGAACAGAGAGACAUCGAUCUCGUGUAAUCCAUGGUAACGAACCGUUUUCCAUUCGGAAGAAAAUCGAACAGUUUCGACGCUGGCACGAGGAACAAUAUAAAGAAAAACUAAAAAAGUUGAAAGACGAGAUUGACAAUCAGUUCGAGGCCGAACAAAGAAAAAUGACUAAAUCUAAGUCGAACAGGUCAAAACACAGAGAAGAAAAUGUAAAUAAAACCAAACCUGACCAGAAGGUUGAGGAGGAUUCCGAGGACAGAGGUAAGGAAAAUAAAACAACGACCAAGGACAGCACUAAAACUCCGGAUGACGGGCAUGCGUCGGCGCAUGCGCAUAAUGACAAACAACAAAUGGAAGUUGAAGAUGUUGGUAGUGGAGACGUUGUGAAUGACAACGCCGGGUCGGAACACACGUGGCAUACCUGGCGUGACGUCAACGAGUCUUACGCUUACAAUGAUGUGACCAAGUAUAUCCAGGACAACGAACUGAUGACUGUUGAAAAGCUAGACUGGAUUAAAAACUGGAUAAUCGACGUGGAGAAAGCGCUCGAAGAACCAGAUGAUGACGACAUUUUGUGAUGUUUAUUUGUGUUAAGUUUGUUCCGAGUGGAUUAACUGUUCGUCGUGAUAAUUAAAUGUAUUACGGAUUUAUAAAAAAAAGUCUGUCUGUGAUAAACUACACGAAAACAAUCAAUUCGGGAUGGAGAAAGUGCUCAUAUGGUAUUUGUGUAUAGGGAAUAUACAAUGUUAUGUUUGGUGCAUAUUCCAGGAAAGUGCCGAUAAUGACCGAACAUAUUGAAGAGUGUCGUCGUCAUAACCGCUAGUCCACUGACCUCGUUUUGGAUUUCCUACACCGGAAGCUUCCAUGACAGCUAAAUUCUGUGAUAGUUUGAUCCAUGGGUGACUUACAACCGUUCAGGUUUCAUCUAAACUUGUCUUUCAUUGCCGUAUGUCCUAUGCUAGAUAUUUUGCCUAUGUAGGGUUGUUUCUUUCAAAACAACCGGGGAGUGAACUAGUUCUUUAUGUCCGAUUUUAUUUCGUUUUUCGAUGGUAAAUUAAAUCUACGUUAUGUAAAAUCUAUGUUUGUUUUAUACUUUUUAAAGAUAACUAAUACUUUGCCGAGCUAAAUGAGUAUUUUAUAAAUAUUAUGAUAUUUCAAGUUGGUUUGCUUAUAUGUGUAUACCUACACGCGUAUAUGUCAUUGAGCGGACAAGUUGUUUGUAUAUAUGUUUAUACCUACCUGUCAAUAUGUAGUCAACUGAGAGUAUGGAUACCUCAUUUCAUGUAUCGUUACUAAGGUGGCGGAUCCAAAGACCUG